AUGAGAUCUCUCCUUAUUCUAGUUACUAUGUGUGGAUAUUCCUAUUGCCAAUUUAGUUCAACUGGACAAAAGAACAUUGUCGAUGCUCACAACAAAUUGAGAUCUUCAAUUGCUAAAGGAACAUAUAUCGCAAAAGGACUUAAGAAACCAGCCGGAAGCAAUAUUCUCAAAAUUAAAUGGGAUAAGCAUGUAGCUGCUUCAGCUCAAUCUUACGCCAAUACAUGCCCAACUGGACAUUCAAAAUCAGUCGAUAGAUUUGGAUAUGGCGAGAAUCUCUUCUGGAGUUGGGCGCCAAAUUUUCCUCCAAAAGAUUUGAACGUAUUCGGAGUUCAUGCUUCUGGUGCCUGGUCAGGUGAAUUUACAAAAUACGGAUGGAAGACUAAUAAAAUGGAUGGGGCACUUUUCCGAUCUGGAGUUGGGCAUGCGACGCAGAUGGCAUGGGCUAACACGGGAGGAAUCGGAUGUGGAGUUAAAAGUUGUGGAAAGGAUAAGAAAACAGUGGUUGUUGUUUGCCAGUACAAGGGACCAGGGAACUACAUGGGUCAGGAUAUCUAUAAAAGUGGAAAAACUUGCUCUUCGUGUCCACCGAAAACAAAAUGCGAGAAAUCUACAGGAAUUUGCGUUUAA